GCUUCUCUUCUGGCCAAGACCUUAAAAGCGAAGUCGCGCUACCAAUUGCCUCUUUUCCGUUCCAAGGUCGGGCUCGGUCACCUCAGAAGGAACGAACGAAACGCAACAAGUAGGCCAUGUUUCGCGACUUCAAGCUUCGUAUCGAGCCACAGGAGGCCUCCUUUUCUGCACCGUCGGACGAGGCUGGCGCGACCUCGGAGGAUAUCAAAUGCCAACCUGAUCUCCUCCCUGUCCCCCCCUUACCGGACGGGCCUCGCAAGUGGGGAACUUUCCACUUGUUAGGAUAUUGGGUUGCAGAGGCCUUCGUCCGUCAGUACCAGGUUGCGUCUUCUGCUGUCGCAGGCGGACUUUCUCCUGGAGCCACGAUAGGCGCUGUUCUUCUUGGGCACGUUCUCGUCUCUGUUGCAUGCGCAGCUAACGGCUGGGUUGGUGCAACGUAUGGUAUCAACUUCCCUACCUUCGCCCGUGCAUCAUUUGGUAUCAGAGGAACCGCUGUCGCUGUCCUAUGUCGUGCAGUAGCAGCCAUCGUCUGGUUCGGAACGCAGACAUACCAGGGUGGUCAAUGCGUGAAUACGAUGCUUACCGCCAUUUGGCCGUCGUUCGCAAGUUUUCCUAACCACCUGCCUGAUUCGGCCCAUGUUACAUCUGCAGAGCUGCUGUGUUUCUUCAUAUUCUACAUAAUCCAACUUCCACUCCUUUGGAUACACAUAUCGAAACUUCGAUAUCUCUUCGCAGUCAAAGUCGUCAUCAUGCCCAUCUUCGGUUUCACUCUUUUCGGAUGGGCAGUCGGCCGUGCGCAUGGGUUCGGUCCUAUCUUCUCCCAAGGGAGCAAGCCUAGUUCUACGCCACUUGCGGUCGUCUUCUUUUCCGCGAUGACUUCAGCUAUCGCUCCGAAAGCCACCCUGGCGCUCAAUAUCGCUGACUUUACGAGGUAUGCAAAGAGUCCGAAGACCGUCGCAUGGACCAAUAUCAUCGCGCUCACUAUUCCCGUUACGCUCUGCGCCAUCCUUGGUGUCGUCGUCACCUCCGCCACCGAAGUCAUCUACGGCGUCUCCACCUGGAACCCUCUCCAAGUCUCCGCGCUCUGGUCCUCCCGCGCCGCCCAAUUCUUCUCCGCGGUCUGCUGGGCCCUAGCCGUCAUCGCGACGAACAUCUCCGCCAACUCCACAGCAGUCGGCAACGACCUCGCCAUCCUCCUCCCCUCCUACAUCAACGUCCGCCGCGGACAAUACAUCUGUGCCAUCCUCGGCGUCGCCGCCUGUCCUUGGAUCGUGCAGAAUUCGGCGACGAGCUUUACGAACUUCCUCGGUGGUUAUUCCGUGUUUUUGGGACCCGUGGCGGGCGUUAUGUUGGCCGAUUAUUGGAUUUUGAGGAAGAGGAGGUUGGAUUUGGCGGGGUUGUAUGGGAAGCAGGGGAGCGCGUAUUGGUAUUCGUGGGGAUUCAAUUGGAGGGCUAUCCUUGCGUUUUCGCUGGCGCUGGUUCCGAACCUUCCUGGCUUUGCGUUGAAGGUGAACAAGACAUUGAAUGUCCCGGUCGGGGCGAGCUAUCUGUUCUCCGUCGUAUGGCCCCUCGGUGUCAUCGUCUCAGGAUCGCUCUACCUCCUCUUCAACCUCAUCUCCCCUUCGUCCUCCCUCGACUCACCCAACGCAUCUCGCACAUACCCAACUCUCGUCUCUUCCUAUCCUCCUCACCACACAUACGACGGUCACCCGCAGGACGAUUCCGAUGUGGAGAAGCGGAGCGUGGUGGAAGAUGAGAAGAAGCUGGACUCACGGUCGUCGGAGAAGACGUCUAGUAGUCUUGAGGGCAGUGGAGGAGAUGUGAGUGUCGUGCCCGUCGUGACACGGUGAGACGAGGAUGCGAACAAAAAAUAGAGACAGGAUGAGGCCAAGGCCUUGUGAUCUAGUUCAUUGAUUUCUUGCCUCUUGUUUUGUUGCUAUGAUAGCUACCGUCCUUGUCUUCUCCUCCUCACCUUGUAUUUGAGCACAGAGUGUCAAGCUAGAUUUGUGAUUGUGUACGAUGUGGCAGGAUUUUCUCUUUGACAGCUAGAGUGUUUUAUCGUUUGUUGUUUUUAUGACCUACCCUUAGAUGUUUCCUGGUUCGGCAUACCUUCGUCUUUAUGACGGUUUGACCUCCAUCUCGAAAGUACUAUUACUUACACUGCUAACCAACCAGUUACUCGAUGACCUUGGCCUACCGGUACGAUAUGUGAUAUCCGAACUGCUA